UGCUAAAACUCGAGCGGGUAAAAUUGGGGGCGCUUUCUUAGCUUCGACUUCGGCCAAACAAACAAUCAUGGCAGCCUCCAUGCUUCGUAAUUCAAUAUGCGUAAACACCGAGAGCUUACGAUACUUUUUGGGUCUAAACAAAAGACUUCAUAUCCUCAAUACACCUCACAGAUUGGCCUCUGAGGAUACAAGCAAGUCAAAAUCCACACCGUUGAAGAAGCCAAAUACUCCAGUCGGUAAAUGGGACAAAUCAGAGAAGCAUCCUCAUAUGGAACAGGAACCUUUGGAAGCUUUUCCAAAUGAUGUAAAUCCAGUAACAGGAGAGAAAGGUGGUCCUAGAGGUCCGGAACCAACUCGAUAUGGAGAUUGGGAACGAAAAGGACGAUGCAUUGACUUCUGAAUGGCAUGAUUGUUAUCUUAUCAUUCACUUCUAUUUUCUAUAGUGUCAUCAGAACUUUACUAUCAAUUUAUAAUAUAUAUUCAUUUUUGGCACUGUGUUAGAAUACUUGUUUGCUUGUCAGAUUACACUAGGUAUCUGAUUGAAAAGAUAAAAGAAAAGAAUUAAUUCUGUAAUAGUAUUUUCAUCGCUCAAGAUCAGUUGUAAUGAUGAAUAACAUUUACCCUGUAUUAUGGUGAGUUGGGCAAUACCCUAUGUACAUCUUAUGAAAGGUAUUUUUGAUCCAUUAUUUCACAAGGAGAGAAAUGUGAUGGAGUAAAUUUUAAAACACACACACAAAAAAAAAACAAAAAACAGGAGAGAUUCAACUCAAAUUUGUUGUAGUACAUUGAUUGCGUACAAUGUACAAUAGUUAUCAGCUUUCUCUGUUAUAUGAAAGCCUAAAUUGUGGUUAAGUUUAGGUGGUUGCAUGGCUGAUAUUGUAGAGUAAUAAUUAAAUUCUACAAGCCUGGUUCUCACGAGAGCCCUAGUAUCUGGAUCGGGAGCUAACCAUUAGCGCUAACCAUUAGCACCUGCGUGAGAACGCCCGAUCGGUUAGCGCUAACCGUUAGC